GUACUUCCUGUAAUAAAAGCCACAUCGUCCGGCAUAACACAGGUCUGGUUAGAAUUAGAUAGUGGUCAUGUCAGAAACAGCGCGCCCACAUGACCAAACCCGAACUGUGGCAAUAUGAAGGAGAGCAGUUGACUUCGACUAUCGAUUACAACUAUUGAUUUACAACUUUCCGAAGUUUUCCCUGUUGUGGAACGUUUUGUCAUCUCCCAAGGAAAUGUUAGAGUUUGUUUUACCUUUGUUGUUUGGCUUUUUGGCACUCUACUUAAUCAGCGUGCGGUUCAGCAGAACAAGGAGAGAUGGGGAGCCUCCACUUGUAAAUGGUUGGAUUCCAUUCCUUGGGAAAGCUUUGGAGUUUCGAAAGAAUGCUCAUGGGUUUCUUGCAGCACAUAAGGAGAAACAUGGAGAUGUAUUUACUGUGCUGAUUGCUGGUAAAUACAUGACGUUUAUAAUGAACCCGUUGCUGUAUCCGUACGUCAUCAAACAUGGCAAACAGCUGGACUUCCAUGAGUUUUCUGACCAAGUGGCCCCCGUGACGUUCGGCUACCCCCCUGUCAGGAGCGGCAAGUUCCCCGGAAUGGACGAGCACAUCCAGAGGUCCUUCCGCCUUCUGCAGGGUGACAACCUCGAUAACCUGACAGAGAGCAUGAUGGGAAAUCUCAUGCUUGUGUUCCAUAAAGACUACCUGGAUGGGGAGAGUGAGUGGAGGACUGAAAGUAUGUACCAGUUCUGCAAUUCAGUCAUGUUUGAGGCUACUUUCCUGACCAUGUAUGGCAAACCUGCCCACACCAACAGACACAGCGGAAUGGUGAUGCUCCGACAGGACUUUGUCAAGUUCGACAACAUGUUCCCCCUCCUCAUCGCCAGGAUCCCCAUCUCUUUGCUGGGAGGAACCAAGAUCAUCCGGGAUAAACUCAUCAACUACUUUCACCCUCAGAGGAUGUCUACAUGGUCCAACACGUCUGGGUUCAUAAAGGAAAGAGCAGCACUGUUUGAACAGUAUGACUGCAUGGGAGACAUAGAUAAAGCAGCUCAUCAUUUUGCCAUUCUAUGGGCGUCGGUGGGAAACACAGUCCCAGCCACCUUCUGGGCCAUGUAUUACCUGUUGACACACCCAGAGGCCCUUGCAGUAGUGCGUGAGGAGAUCCAUUGUGUCCUGAAGGUCUCCGGACUAGAAGCAGAUCACAACCGAGACGUCACCUUCACCCGAGAACAGCUGGACAGCCUACUGUAUCUUGAGAGCUCCAUAAACGAGAGUCUGCGGCUGUCUUCAGCCUCCAUGAACAUCCGUGUGGCCCAGGAGGACUUCAGCUUGCGGCUGGAGGGAGAGCGCUCCAUCAGAGUGAGGAAAGGAGAUAUCAUCUCCCUGUAUCCCCAGAGCAUGCACAUGGACCCCGAGAUCUAUGAGAAUCCAGAGAUGUACAAGUUUGACCGAUACGUCGAAGACGGAAAGGAAAAGACGGACUUCUAUAAGGACGGCCAGAAGCUGAAGUACUACCGGAUGCCAUUUGGCUCGGGCUCCACUAAGUGCCCAGGAAGAUACUUUGCUGUGAAUGAGAUAAAGCAGUUCCUGUCUCUGCUGCUGCUUCGUUUUGACAUGGAGGUGGUGGAGGGGCAGGAGCCGUGUUCCCUGGACUCUAGCCGUGCUGGCCUGGGUAUCCUGCUCCCUGCCACAGACGUCCAGAUCCACUACAGACCACGUCAGGCCAGAGAGGAAGAGGGGGACCUCUGUAUAAAGGAAGAAUAGAGGGCUGAGCCCCAUGCAGCUCAUAUGGAUUUGUACUAUUUUCUCAUAGGUUGCAUCCCAAACGGUACCCUGUUUAUUCCCCACAUAGUGCACUAUUUUAGACCAGGGCCCAUAGGGUCAUAAGUACUGUUCUAUAUUGGGAAUAGGGUGCCAUUUGAGACGCACCCAUGUAUUUGACUAUUUUCUCAUAGACUGAUGUUAACUCUGGUUAUUCACACGAUAAGUUAUCGACUUGCUAAUUUGUCAAUGUAUUAUAUAGGCAAGCUCCAGCUGUGGGUAAGGCUAGUGAAUCUGCUAGCUAGGAACCUUUUGUUGUUUUAUUCCAUAGGACAUAAUGAGCCAAUAAUUAGAUAUAGUUAUCCGUUUUUGCUGUUAAAAACGAUUACCAUAUCUUUUAUUAAAAUAAAAUACAAAUGUUUAUUAUUAUGCCUUGCUUAUAUUAUUACAUAAGCUGUAUCCUACAGUACAGUAGUUGAAUAAAAUAGUUAAACUAUUUUACAGGGUAAAGCACAAUGUGAUUAUAGCUUUAUGUAUUAGAUGGUGGUGUCCCUAAACAUUUCUGAUGACAUUUAUUCGUAUAAUAACAAUAACUGACCAUUUUAAAGUUAUACAUUCAAAUGUCUUUCCUAUUUCAAGACACUAACAGGAUACUUACCAUUUACUAUUCAUGAAAUCAAAUAAAUUAAAACCUAACAAACCA